CUCCUUCCUUUCUCCGCAGUGAUCUUGGAUAACACCCUUCUCAGGUAACACCUGCACAGGUAGCAGUGCUCUCAGGGACGACACACUGGCUCCACACACCUGCUCCAUGGCUCUUGGGCUUGCCUGACCUACCAGCGCUGGCAUUACCUGUCGGAACUCCGUGAGGCACCUGUCAGUUCCAGCGUUGUCCAGGCAACCAGACACCUCCAGCAAUGAGCAGUCAGGGGGCGGCGGGCCAGGUGGAGGCCGCGCCCCCGGACCUGUGCCACACCUGCGGGCAGAGACACCUGGUGGAGGAGAACCACGAGUACCUGUACCAGGAGGAGGUGGACGAUGACCUGGUUUGUCACAUCUGUCUGCAGCCACUGAUCCAGCCCAUAGACACGCCCUGUGGCCACACCUACUGCAGCGAGUGCCUCACCAGCUUUCUGCUGGAGAAAGACUUCUGUCCCGUUGAUCGUGCCCCCCUAAUGCUGCAGAACUGCAAGAGGUCCAGCAUCCUGGUGCACAAGCUGCUGGACAAGCUGCUGGUCAGCUGCCCCUUCCUGGACCACUGCACUGAAAUGCUGCCAAGGGGAGAGCUGGAGUCACACAUCAAGACCAGGUGUAAGGGCGCCUCGCACUAUGGGCUGUCCACCGAUAGGAAGCGGAGGUCACAGGAGGGCGACUGCACAGACAGCACUUCGGAGCUCACCGUCGCCGCCCUGCCGUCCGAAUCGCCCGCCUCUGCCACCGUGGCCCUGCUGUCCGACGAACCCGGCCUCGUCAACCCCGCCUUCGACCCCAGCGUGGAAGACAACAGCCAAUCAGGGAGCACCACCAGCCUAGCCACCCGCAGCAACACCAAGAAGAGUGAGUUACGGAACUUCGACCGCACGUCGGUCAGGAGCCGGUCCUUUCGAAGGCUCAACCGCGCCUUCAGCGUUCUGCGGAGGACCAAGAGUGGAACAGCCAUGGCCAAUGAGAGUGCGGAAGAGCGCGACAACGUGCGCAAUGCCAACGUGCCCCAGGAAGUGCUGGCCCUUCCUCAGCUACACCACCUGAUCCCGGAUGGUGAGAUCACCAGCAUUAAGAUCAGCCGUUCCAACCCCUCCGAGCCACUGGCCAUCAGCAUCGUCGGGGGCAAUGAGACACCACUGGUGCGCGUCCUCAUCCAGGACAUCUACAGAGAGGGCGUCAUUGCCCGAGACGGGCGUCUGCUGCCUGGGGACAUGAUCUUAAAGGUGAACGGCAUCGACAUCAGCAACGUUCCGCACUGCUACGCCGUGGCGACGCUGCGGCGGCCGUGCCCGCUGCUGCGGCUCACUGUCCUGCGAGAGCAGAAGCACCGCUACCGCGUGGGCGGGGCCCCGUCGCCGACCGAGGCCACGUCCCGGCCCGCAGUCACCCGCGACGACAGCCUGCAUGUUGCGCUGGCGAAGAGCAGCCCGUCCGAACAGCUGGGGAUCAAACUGGUGCGGCGGGCUGAGGAGCACGGCGUCUUCGUCUUUCAUCUGCUGGAGGGCGGGCUGGCGGCCCGGGACGGCCAGCUCCGCAUCAACGACCGCAUCCUGGCCAUCAACGGGCACGACCUUCGCUACGGAGCACCCGAACACGCUGCGCUGCUUAUACAGGCCAGUGAGGAGCGUGUGCACUUUAUUGUCUCACGGCAAACCCGUCUGCAAACCCCAGACAUCCUGCAGGAGGCGCCCUGGAGCAUGGAGGGGCCUCCCCCCUACUCACCUGAGGACACAGAGCCUGCUCUACUGGACACCUGCCAGAAGCCCGCCUGCUAUGAGAAGACGGUGACGCUGAUGAAAGAGCCGCAGGACUCGCUGGGCAUGACUGUGGCGGGGGGCAUGUCCAGCCGCGGCUGGGACCUCCCCAUCUACAUCACCAAUGUAGACCCCGAUGGAGUGGUGGGACAGGAGGGCUCCAUCCGUAAAGGUGACAUCCUGCUGAAUGUGAACGGAAUGGAUCUGACAGGUGUGACCCGUAGCGAGGCUGUGGCCAACCUGAAGAACACCUCUUCCCCCGUGGUCCUGCGUGUGCUGGAGAUGAGACCACCCGAAGAGUGCCAACCCGAAUGCCCUCCCCUCUCCCCCGCUCCCACCGACACCAACCUUAACCCACUGCCCAACACCGACUACUCCCCGCUCUGGGUGUCAUGGCUGCAGCUGCCCAGGCACCUGUACUGCUGCAAAGACAUUGUCCUGCGGCGGAGCACAUCAGGCAGCCUGGGCUUCAGCAUCGUCGGAGGCUACGAGGAGGUGAACUGCAACCAGUCCUUCUUCAUCCGCUCCAUCGUGGAAGGGACGCCCGCCUACAACGACGGCAGGAUACGCUGCGGGGACAUCCUGCUGGAGGUGAAUGGGAAGAGCACAUGGGGAAUGACUCACACUGUGCUGGUGCGUCUGCUGAAGGAACUACGCGGCAGAAUCACUCUCACCAUCGUGUCCUGGCCAGGCAGCCUGCUAUAGGCCAGCCGGCUGGGGGUGGGGGCAGGGCGGGGACAAGGGCGGAGCUCACACUCCUCAUGGACAACUGACACUUUGCCUGGAGUUUUCAGAACCCCCCCCCCCAACCCCCCCACCCACUCCCUAAGUCUGGCUGAAGCUUGACAGUAUCCAGAUGAUAACUGUGCCAGACGGAUCCGAAUUUGUCUGGCACCCCCUGUCUCCCCGGGGAUGUGUCUGCAGGUGGGAGUCGUGCUGGGAGAACACACAUGUUGCCAAUUACAUAUUACUGUAUAUGUUAGAAGAUGCAUUUCCUGGGACUCACGUUUCUGUACUGUAAAUGU